UCCAAUUCAAUUUUCACUAUUUAAAAUGUUAGUUCUUGAUAUCAACAAUCUAAUUUCAACUAGUAAAAACUAUAAUUCUUGAUAUCAUUCAGAAGAGUUAUAUUUGACAGAUUAUAGCUCACCUAUUACUUUUUACUUCUUAAAAUUACACUCCAGUGAUCAAGAUUUGGUUGUCUAAUGUUAAGAUAACAUAAAUCAUUUUAAGUGUAAGAUUUAUGGGGCUAUUGGUCUAAAACUGCACUGUUUUUUAUUGUAGGAUUUCCAAUGGCCACACGAAGAAGGAAACCACCAAAACAGGAUGCCAUAGAACAUGCUGUGAAGGCCCUUGACAAGACAGCAGAGUUAGAAGUGCAAUACAUUAACUCUUUUAAAGGUCGAGGGGUGUUUGCCAAGACACCUUUCAGAAAAGGAGACUUUGUGGUGGAGUACAGAGGAGAAUUAAUCAAUUCUAAAGAAUCUCAGAGGAGGAGGAGGACAUAUCACAAUAGAUGUGCUGUUUUCAUGUUUGACUUCUACUGGCAAGAAAAAACAUGGUGUGUUGAUGCAGCUAGAGAAGAUGGCAGCCUCGGGCGACUGGUUAAUGAUGACCACAAGCAUCCGAACUGCAAAAUGAAGAGGGUCAUAACAGAGGGCAAACCACACCUCUGCCUAUUUGCUUUGAAGGACAUUAAUGAAGGAGAAGAAAUAACAUAUGACUAUGGUGGAACUGAUUGGCCUUGGAGGAAACAGGAGGACAAACAAUCGGAUGCCACUGAGUCUUUUGAGACUGACAUCUUCAGAACAACCGAGCAGACUCCUCAGAGGUCAUCCAGCUUCAAGACACAGGAGGACAAACAAUCGGAUGCCACUGAGUCUUUUGAGACUGACAUCUUCAGAACAACCGAGCAGACUCCUCAGAGGUCAUCCAGCUUCAAGACACAGUUUUGA